AUGGUUUGCACAUUUGUUUUGUACUGGUUGUGCUGGUGGCGUUUGACUGGUGUGUUUGGCGAGUCAUUAUCAGUGCUGGAGGGAGAUGCUGUGCUUCUACAGAAUAAUGUUACUGCAAUACAUGAAGACGACGACAUACUGUGGAAAUUUGGUGCUGAAAAGUCUCUCAUAGCUCAAAUCAACAAAGAGAACCAAAUCUUCCCUGAUGAGAGAUUCAGAGACAGACUGAAGCUGGACAGACAGACUGGAUCUCUGACCAUCACAAACAUCACAACUCAACAUUCUGGACAUUAUGAAUUAGAGAUAAAUGGGAAAAAACUGUCAACAAAAACAUUCAGUGUUUCUGUCUAUGCCCAUCUGCCCAUUCUUAACAUUACCAGAGAUUUUUCACAAAACUCAUCAUCAUCAUCUUCAUGUUCACUGGUGUGUUCAGUGGUGAAUGUGGGUCAUGUGACUCUCUCCUGGUACAAAGGAAACAGUUUAUUGUCCAGCAUCAGUGUGUCUGAUCUCAGCAUCAGUCUCUCUCUACCUCUGGAGGUGGAAUAUCAGGAUAAAAACACCUACAGCUGUGUGCUCAACAAUCCCAUCAGCAACCAGACUCAAUAUCUCAACAUCACUCAACUCUGUCAGAAACAUUUAGAUCAGGGCCUACCUUUAUUUUACAUAGUGUUGAUUUCUGCUGCUGGAUCUCUGUUGAUUGUAGUUCCAGUCGUGAUGUGCUGCAUCUGCAAGAAACAUAGAAAAACAGUCCAGACCCAGGAAGAAGACAGAACUGGUUCAGCAUUGUGUAAACCAACAACUCGAAAAACGAAAUCAAAGUCGGAUGCUGUGUAUGAAAAUGUCCCCAAAAAACGAUGAUCAAAUAGGUAUCUACCAGAAUGGAUGCUAGUGCUCACACAGGACCCUGACUCACACCUGUUUGUGUUCACAGUUAUUCU